UUGCGAGGAUCAAUCGAAAAUAUUAGGAAAAGGCAUGACAAUUUUCGGUAAAGUAGUUUUCCGAAAAAUAUCUGUUAUAAUUUAUUAUCCUGAAGACUGUGAACUUGAGAGCAAUCCAGUAGAUUGGAGUAAACAUGUCUUGACACUACCCACCCAUAGCCUGAUCCACGAGUAGAGAUCGAUGUUUGUUGUGUUACCAUGGACAACGUUCCUAGAGACAAAUAAAAGCCUUGUGGAUGAUCUGACGAGCCGAAACGGGGAUCCGAAAAGGGAGAGCCUGUGUGUCAAGUCUUUUCCCAACAAGACUGGUAAAAAAAAUAAUCCAGCAAAAACAAAAGAAUUACCAACUUGCUUUACAUCUUUUUUGCAAGGAAGUUUCAGGAAAAAACGACCAGCAGCAAGCAUGGGUUUUAAGAUGCCUCACAUUGCCGUUAUCAUCGGACUCGUCGCCUCAGGCAUCGCUCUGCUGUUUCAGAUCAUCGCUGUGGCGGCCGUUGGCUGGCUCAAAGCCAAGAAUUAUGACGUCUCUUAUGGGCUCUGGAGAUAUUGUUCUUCUGAUACAUGCGUCGACUACCCCAGUACCAUAGUCACAGACUGGCUCGACGCGACGAGGGCAUUUGCUCUACUGGGACUUUUUUUCAUCGCCGGGGCUCUCGCCGCUGGCAUUCUCAUCAUGUUCCUCGAUAAGAAAUUCCUGGGUCUCAUCGCUGGCGCAGUGGCUCUCGUUGCAGCUCUGUUCGUGUUGAUCUCGUUUGCCGUCUUCGCAGACAACAGAAAAGCUUCGUUUUCAGAGCAGACGUUCGAGCUGUCCUACUGCUUCGCUCUGUCAGUUGUCGCCUUCGUCUUGUGCAUCGCCUCUGGCGUCUGCUUCAUCCUCUCUAACUUCCUCUCAGGAGCCUCGAUUGUGUCUUCUACAGGUUAAUAGUCAUCCUCUCGAAAUUUUGGGAGGAUCGUAGGUAGUAAAGUGUUUAAGAAGAAUGCACUCAGUAAGUCAUAGUUGGAAGAACAUUAAAGAGAAACAAUAAAACGGAAAGAUAUGUUCCUACUAUCAAGAGUGGUUAAAUUAUUUGUUCUAAUCUCAUUUCGUUUUUAUCUCCUGUUUUCGUGAGUUUGUAGGGAAGAGAAGUGCUUUAAUCGAGUUUACCCACCACUGACCUACGUUUGUCUCUUUCUCUUUAUAAAUCAACAUCAGGUAAGGACGAGUUGCACGAGUAGAAUUACAUGGAUGAUAGGCUGUAUAUCAAGACUGUUCUUAUUUGCUCAACGGUGUUUAUGUAAAUGUACUAAAUUGAGUUAAAACAAGAAAAACAAAACAGGAAAUAUGCAAUCGUCUUGCUUUGUAAAAAUCCGAUUUUCUAC